GACCCGAUCACCGAGUUCGUAGUUUCCACGGGUCUUAUCAGGAUGGUCGUUGCUGGCAAGCGACGUCACGGGUUCUCGUUCGUCGGGGAAGAGAAAUUCUCGUCGACGAGGGUGGGGGGGGGACGAUCCUCGUUGUUCUAGAGAACGAGAGCCGACGAACGAAGCCCGUAAGGCUGAGGUCAGGCACCGUCUUGCACCCGGACUGGGACGGCGCCUCAGGAGCGCCUUGCUCUUGUCGUCAUCCCCUGCGAGACCCCCUGUUUUCACGAGCCUUCUGCCCCCGCCGUUGCAGGGGUCGCCGUUUUGUUCCGCUCGGCGCCUCUUCCUGCCUGCAUUGGGCUUUCUAUCGAGCUUUGGAUGUUCUUUUGAGCUGCAGUGUUCAGGGGCUUCUCAUCGCUCGUCUCGUCUCGCCUGCGUGAGGAAGCUUAGUUGAUUGGAUUUUGCAAAGAUGGCGGGUGCGAUGGCCGCUCGGAGCAGCAGGCGCUUCAUGAGCACUGCCUCCAAAUCGUGGUUCGGGCAUGUGCAGCCCGCGCCCAAGGACCCUAUCCUGGGCGUCACGGAGGCGUUUCUCGCUGAUUCUCACCCGGAUAAGAUGAACGUCGGCGUUGGGGCGUACCGUACUGAUGAGGGCAAACCAUUGGUAUUGGAAUGCGUGCGUAAAGCUGAAGAAAAGAUUGCCGGUUCCAACUUCAUGGAGUACCUUCCCAUGGGGGGUGAUAUCUCUUUCAACAAUCAUAGCAUGAAGUUGGCUUACGGAGAAGAUGCUGGCGUAUUAGCUGACAAAAGAGUGGCUGCCGUCCAAGCCCUAUCAGGAACUGGUGCAUGCCGUCUCUUCGCCGACUUCCAAAAGCGAUUCAUGCCAGAGUCUCAAGUUUUUAUCCCCGUUCCAACGUGGUCCAACCAUCACAACAUCUGGAGGGAUGCCAACGUUCCUCAGAACACUUUCCGUUACUAUGACGCAGCUACCAAGGGCCUCGACUUCAAGGGCCUCAUGGAGGAUGUGAAGAAAGCUCCCAAUGGUUCAGUUUUCCUAUUGCACGCUUGUGCACACAACCCGACUGGUGUAGACCCAUCUCCAGAGAACUGGAAGGAGAUUUCUGCAUUUUUUAAGGAAAAAGGCCAUUUCGCCCUUUUUGACAUGGCAUACCAAGGGUUUGCUUCCGGUGAUACGGAAAGGGACGCCCAGGCUAUCCGCAUUUUCUUGAACGAUGGUCAUCAAAUUGCAUGUGCACAGUCUUUCGCAAAGAACAUGGGUCUUUAUGGCCAGCGUGUUGGAUGUCUCAGUGUUGUGUGCGACGAUCCUCAACAAGCAGUUGCCGUGAAGAGUCAGUUGCAGCUGAUUGCUCGCCCUAUGUACUCCAACCCUCCCUUGCAUGGUGCUUUGCUUGUGUCCACCAUUUUGGAGGACCCUGAACUUAAGUCCCUCUGGUACAAAGAAGUUAAGGGAAUGGCUGACCGUAUCAUCGGCAUGCGUGAGACACUCCGUACCAAUCUUGAGAAGGCUGGAUCUCAGCACAGCUGGAAGCAUAUCACUGAUCAGAUUGGUAUGUUUUGCUUCAGCGGUUUGAAGCCUGAGCAAGUAGAUCGUUUAACGAAGGAUUUCCAUAUCUACCUCACACGCAAUGGCCGCAUCAGUAUGGCCGGUAUCACUACUUCCAAUGUGGAAUAUCUUGCUAAUGCCAUCCACGAGGUUUCCAAGAACUAGGAGGUUUCCAAGGACUAGGAGGUUGAGAAAGCUUGAGAUUUUCCAAGCCACAUUGGUUAGUUACAGAGCGAGGUUUGUGUACCAUUCCUUCUUGCAUACAUGUGCAUGAGUUUUUUUUCUCAGUAUAGCAAAAGGAAUCGACGAGCAGCAUUGAUAACCAUUUUUGGAACUGAUCAGAAGAGAGAAAUAAGCGCAGGCCUGUUGGAGUCUGGCCCCACACGGGAUUCACCCUCCAUUUAGUUCUUGGGCUACAAAUCUAGAGUAGACCCAAUAUACAUUGUGUUGUUUCUGGAGUGAAUAUCAGGAAACACUAGUCUUCUUUUGUCAGUGUUGAGUUAUUUCGACAAGGUGCCGUUCUCUGGCAAAUCACGGACUGCUUGUAUUUUGCGCUAUGUUUCAUGAAAUUACUUCUUGGCACUCA